AUGGGCUGGUUCGAGCGAAAUCUAAGAAAUAAGCGACAAUUCUAUUCAAUAGGACCAGCCGCACUGGUAUUUAUUUCUGGUGGAAUGCAUAUAGCCUUCAGUUUCAACAUUUACCAUGAAAGCCACUGUAAAUUUUGGUUUAUAGGUGCAAUUAUUGGGACUUUAAUAGGCUCCAUCCUUUGUUAUUUUAUUAAUAGAAAAAUGUUAUCAUCCUCGCUUAUUAUAAUUGGUGGCAUACUCUUCACUUUUUAUUUCUAUGAUGAUAAUGAAUUCAUUGCUGCUCUGUAUCUGAAUGGUAUGGCUAGUGGGAUAUUGGUUUCGCCUGUACUGGUAUUAGCAGGCGAGGAGUCGGUAAAAGGCUUACGUGGCUUACUUGCAGCGUCAGUUGAAGCGAUGUCUUUCUCACUCGGAAUUUUUCUUUAUUAUCUAAUAUAUAACAUUUGGCAGUUCUCUGAAAUAUCCUUUAGAUUGGAGAUAAUGCUAGGAACGUUGUACAUUAUUUUUGGAGCAAUUGGAAUAGUCGUUGUAUUCUUCUUCUAUGUGGAAUCACCUAUAUUUUACUUGGCCCGUAAUGAUGAAAAUCGGGCAAUUGAUUCAAUUCGUCGUCUCCAAACUUUGUUUAUAUCGAAGUUUGGUUGCUUUAAUAUUAUCGGUGCUCUACGUUGGUUGGGUGUAUCUCUCAGUGCAUUUAUAAUAGAUUCGAUUGGAAGAAGAAAACCAAUGUUAAUUGGAUCUGUUGAACAAAAUUCAAAAUCUGAAAUGGAUCCCACAAAUUUUAACGCUCUACUUAUGUUCUGUUGUUUUGUUUUCACAACGCUUUUGGUAAGAGUAGAAUAUUUUCUGUACCACUGGGUUGGAUCUCAGCAAAAUAAUGCACCUGCAAGAAGACUUCAUAGAAACACAUCGCGUCAAAGUCAACCCAAUUCUUUAACAGCAGAUAUAGCUGAAGAAAUGUUGUCACAGUACUUAGGUGAAAGCGCCUUAGAAAAUGAGAGACUUUCCGUAGAAAUACAAACAGAACAGUCUAAUUUUAAUUUAGAUAGACUAGAUGGAUCUAAUACUCAACAGACGUCUAUAUAA